AUGGCUAAACAAAAAGUUACUACAAAGACGACCAAGAGGUUUAGAUAUUCAUCUUUCAAGGCAAAGAUCGAUGACUUGAAAAUCGAACCCGCAAGAAACCUUCAAAAAAGAGUUCACGAUUAUGUUGAAUCAUCCCAUUUCCUAGCGUCUUACGAACAUUGGAAAGAUAUUAAUUUGAGUGCGGGUUUUACCAACUUUUCCAGUGAAAUUAAUAACUUAGUUCAAACAUUGCCCCAGAUUUUAUACCAUGAGGAGAAAAUCUUUAAUUCACUUAUAACAUACAUUGAUAAAUUUGAUGAAUUUUCAUUACAGCCAUUAUUAGACCUAUUAGCCCAGUUUUGUCACGAUUUAGGCCCAGACUUUAUGAAGUUUUACGAAAGAGCAGUUACAUCAUUAAUUGCAUUACUAGACUCUGCAAUCGACUCAGAAUCAUUAAACAUAUUCGAAUGGGGAUUCAAUGCAUUAGCAUAUAUCUUCAAAUAUUUAUCAAGACUAUUGACAGACGAUUUAAUUCCAACUUUUACUCUUCUUUUCCCACUGCUAUCCCACAAAAAGGAAUACUUAUCAAGAUUCUCAGCAGAAGCAUUAUCAUUCCUUAUUAGAAAAGCUAACACCAAAAAUUUGAAAACUCUAACUCAUUACGUUUUCCAAAAGGUCAUCAAUGAUGAAGAGACUAAUUCUUAUAAUGGGUUCUUAACCUUAUUCACUGAAGCGUUAAUAUCUACUACUGGAUCAUUACAUUCGAAGGCCAAAGUCAUGUUAAAUACUCUAAUCGAAGAAAGUUUAACUAUAUCGGACUCCGACUUAUGUAUUUCACUUUUGUGCGACAUAUGGAUGAAUAUCUCUAAACAUACUGAUGCGGAAAAUUUAGCACCCAUCUAUGACAGUGUAUUAGAAUUAUUAGACAACAAUCUGAAGAAUUUUCACUUGAAUAAUAUCGUUAAGCUUUUAUCCACAAUGGUCUUCUCUGAAAGCGGUAAGAAAGUCCCGGAUUGGUCACGAAUAACUUCUAUAAUUCAAACAAUCAUAACUCAUGAUAAAAAAUCAUUAUUACAAUCAGAAAACGUUGCAUUCUUAUUUGGUGUAGUCUUACGUAAUUGUGAUGUGAAAAAUAUAACCAUAUAUCAUAAGAGAAUGUUUGAUUUCUAUUUAGAACAAUAUCCAGAUAAUUUCAUUGAAUAUUUCCGUUUCUGCUUAGAACUAUGUAGCGAAAAAGUGUUUUCAUUCAAUGGUAUGAAAUAUAUUCAAACAUUUAUUAAUAUAUACUGGAAAUCACAUGGGACCAAAAUUGCCUUAUUCUUAUUAGAUAUUCAGCAAAGAGAUAGUUUAAAAUCAAAAAUUAAACUAACGAUCCCUGAUGAGUUCAUUUCUAAUAUUCUGGAAACAUUGGACAGUAUCCAUACCGCAAGAUCUGAAGAUUUGUUUGAUGUGUAUUGGAGGGUAAUUAUACUGAAAUAUUCCGAAACAUCCAACUUUGGAAUAUUAAAUCCAUUUACACUCAAAUUGUUAUCCAACUUGACUACGCCUGAUGAUUUUAGUAAGGACGUCGUAGGUUCUUUGAUUGGAGUUAUUAAUCCAAUAGAAGCAGAUGAUAUUAUGGCUUUGCUGGAUGCAUUGGUUGCAAAUUUCUCAUCAUACAGAAACAGUCUAAUUUAUAUCGAAGGUUUGAAUGAACUACUAAAUAAAUCCACGAAAACACAUGAUUUGACUAAAUUUGUAAAAUCACAUGCUGAUAUGUAUCUCGAGUUAACAGAUAACAUGCUACUUCCUGACGGGAAAAUACGUUACCAAUCCUUGAAUUUGAUGACUACAUUGUUUAAUAUUGAAAAGAAAGAAUUCCCAAGUAUAUUAGAAGAAUUCAAAAGAAUCGAGGAAACUCCAUUGUCUUUAUCAAACGCUCGUAUAUUGACUACAAGAAUAAGGAACCUUGGACCAGAAUUUGCUAAGUUGGAGAAAGAUAAAAUAGUUACAACUACAUUUUUGAAGUGUUUAUUCGGUCUCUUGACAGUGAGAUUCUCUCCGCUAUGGGAUGGUGUUUUUGAAAUAUUACCUACUGUUCAAGGGAAAGAUUCAGAGUUAGUAUGGUCCAAUAUGUUGUACUUCUUAAAAGUUCUUGAUGAAGAUUUUGUUUUAAAUUACUAUGAAGGUCCUAUGCAAGGUGAUUACGACGGUUUUGAAUCAAAUUCUCAAAUAUCAAGAUUACAUGAUACCAUUCACCACUUCUCAACUUUAUGGUCCAAAUAUUUCUUCAAGGAAUCGUCUAUACUUGAUACUACGAAGGCAGAAAGAGGAAACUUAGAAUAUCCAAAACAAAUUAGAACUCAAACUUUGAAGGCAAUGUCUCUUCUUCCACAAUUAGUCGAACGCCAUUCCAAAGAUAUUAUACCAUAUUUAUUUAAUCAAAUGGAGUAUUCAGAACUUUUCGAUAAUGAUGGAACAGGUGUUGCCGCACCAUCUGCUAUCCACUGGCAAGAUUCGGAAAGGAAUACUCUUUUAAAAAUGCUUGGUAAGUUUAAAAAUAUAAAAUCAUGUUUCAAAGCAGAAGAAGUUCAUGGCAGAUUAUUAAUUUUACUAGGAAGUAGAUCAACAGACGUUCAAAAAUUGGCAUUAGAUGCUAUUUUAGCCUACAAAGAUCCUAUUCUUAACAAAUACAGAGAAAAUUUAAAGAAUCUAUUAGAUGAUACGCUUUUCAGAGAUGAAAUUACAAAAUUCCUUUCGAAGGAUGAAUCUCAAGUUAUUGAACAAGGGGAUGAAGAUAUCCUAAUGCCUUAUGUCCUGAGGAUUCUUUUUGGUCGUGCUCAAACACCAGUUACCAGUGGCAUCAAGAAAGGAAGAAAGUUUGCUGCUAUUUCUAUUCUACCGAACUUAAAAGAACAAUUUAUCAUACAAUUCUUGCAAUUAGGUAGUAGUAGAUUUGAUUUUGAUUACUUCUUCGAGAACCAAUAUCAAAUGGAAAGUUCUGAAGUUUCAUUGACAAACAUGAAGAAAAUUAAUGGGUUCGUCACGAUUUUGAAUUCUGCAUUAGGUGUUCUCGGUGCUAACUUUCCAUCUGUAAUUGACACAGUUUUACGACCCCUCCUUUAUGGUAUUGGAAUGUCAUAUCAUGCAUUAAUGAUUCCAAAUCGUGAAAUCCAAGUCACUAAAACUGCCCAUAAUUUAAGACAACAAUCUUUAAAAUGUUUGAAUUCUAUUUUCCAAAAUUUAGGUGAGUCAUUGAAUUGGAGCAACUUUGUUAAUGAUAUAUACACUAUCGUCAUAAAACCACGUCUUGGCAGUUUUUCUGACGAGAAUCUACAACAGCCUUCAUCACUAAUGAACAUAAUGGUUUAUUGGGCUACUAAUGAGCAAUUUUUCCCAUUCUUAUACCAUGAUAAUUUUGCAUCCGUUCAUGCACUUAUGAAGACAAUUUCCAGCGAACAUGUCAAAGAAUCAGUUAUAAAUGUCAUAUUAGAAGCGUGCAACAAUAUAAUAAAACAUCCAACACAACAAGAUCAAUAUGCUGAGUUAGUAGCUAUCGUUGCUUCCACAUGUUUACGGGUCCUUCCAUUUUUAUUCAAGAGGUUCUCCAACACAGAAUCUACAUCAAUUGCUACUGAUUUGUUAUUGAAUAUGACCGAAUCUGGAUUUGUUCAAGAUGAUGAAACUAAACAAUUCUUAAUCGAUUCCUUGGUUUUAAUAUUAGGCGAUGCUAAGAGUAUGAAUACCGAGGAUCAUCUUAAGAUAUUAAAGGUAUUGUCUGUGUUAUUAGAAAAUUAUAACUGCUCUUGGAAUAAAAUUGAAAAACUAUACAAAGUUCUCUCCAGUUUGUACAAAAGCUAUUCUGAUCGUACUCUAAGGGAAUCAUUAAGUUCAUUAUUCUUAGUUAUUGGCGAUAGGUUUUCUGAGAUGGAACAAGUGUCUAAGUUAGUGGCCGAUUUAAACUCCUUCUCUACUAAACGUAUGCAAGAAUAUGAUUUCCAAAGAAGACUAUCUGCGUUUAAGGAAUUCACUGAAAAUACUUAUAAAACAUAUUCCGAUAUGGCUUGGUUACCUAUAAUCUAUACCUGUCUUUAUUUUAUUAACGAUCAAGAAGAACUGGCUAUACGGACAAAUUCUACUCAUACAUUGAUUAAAUUCAUUGAUUAUAUAAAUUCUAAACCAACCAUAGCAGACGCCAAUGUUUCAAUUUCAAUGUUGAAAAACGUUAUAUUACCAGCUUUACGAACUGGACUAAGAAAAUCAGAUGAAGCAAUUCAAUCUGAAUAUAUUAAUCUAUUGGCAUAUAUUGUUGAAAGUGCCAAAUAUUAUAAAGAUUUGGAGGAUAUGAAAGUACUUAUGUUUGAAGGUGAUGAAGAAGCCAAUUUCUUUACUAACAUCACUCAUAUUCAAUUACAUCGUCGUCAAAGAGCCAUUAGAAGAUUAAGUGACCAUGCCAACGAACUAUCUGACAGUAGUAUCUCUCAUUAUUUGAUUCCGAUCGUAGAACCGUAUGCUUACUCUACUGAAGAAAAAUAUAGAAAUAUUGGUAAUGAGGCUUUGUUAACUAUCGGUUCAUUGUCCAAUUUCAUGAGUUGGAAUCAAUACAAAGCUUUGGUAAGAAGAUAUGUUUCCACAUUAAAGAACAAACCUAAUUCAAUCAAAGUUACUGUUCUUCUAAUAAAUCAAACUUCUGCCUCCUUGAGGAACUCUUUAUGCCAAUUAAGAGGUAAGACUGAUUCAGGAUUAUUGUUGAGAAAACUUCCAAAUACACUUGAUGAACCUGAACGAUUUAUUACUGAUGAGUUAUAUCCAACCCUUUCCAAAAUUCUUGGUGUAAGAGAUGAUGAAACUAUAGUUAGCAGGAUUCCCUUGGCUGAAGCGUUGGUUAAUUUCACUAUGGGCCUUCCUGAUGAAGGAAUUGUAAGUCUUCUUCCUGGUAUCUUAAGUAAAAUCUGUCAAGUUCUUAGAAGUAAAUCUGAAGAUCUACGUGAAGCUGUUAGAAGUACAUUAGCCAAAAUUAGUACUAAUCUAGGUCCUACUUAUUUGACCUUCAUUAUUAAGGAAUUAAUCUCUGCUCUUCAAAGAGGUUCGCAAAUACACGUACUGAGUUUUACUGUUCAUCAUGUAUUAAAAUCUUUAGAAUCAGUUUUAAAUCAUUCAGAUUUGGAUGCAUCUGCAGGUAUGUUAGUUAGAGUGAUUAUGGAAGAUAUGUUUGGUACUGCUGGUCAAGAAAAAGAUUCUGACAAUUAUCAUUCUAAGAUGAAAGAAGUUAAAGUUAAUAGAAGUUAUGAUACAGCAGAAGUUCUUUCAGCCAAUAUUUCAUUAAGUCAUUUCCACGAGAUUUUACGUCCCAUCAAGGCAUUAUUGAUGGAAAGAAUUAAUAUGAAAAAUCAAAAUAAAUUGACCGAAUUAUUAAGACGUUAUUCUCUUGGUAUAAAUCAUAAUGAAGCUGCAUCUAAAACAGAUGUGUUAUCUUUAUGUUACGAAAUAUUUACACAGCCUGAAUUAGAGGCACGUAAACCAAAGAGGGAAAUAAAACCUGUUAAUGAAAAGGAAGAAUUUUUCCUAGUCAAUUUGAAUUUCAAAAAUACGAGAGUUCAAACUGAAUCUUCUUUGUAUACUCAUGUUAUGCAAAAAUUUGCAUUGGAUUUGUUACGUACUGUUAUUUCAAGGCAUAAGAAUUUGAUGACAGUUUCAUAUUUGGAAGGAUUUAUCCCAUUAUUAAAGGAUGCAUUAUUAUCCGAUAAUGAAUCUUUGUUAACAAGUACUUUACGUGUUCUUGUGAUAUUGGUUAAAUUGGAUUUCAGUGAAGAAUCUGAACCAAUUUUCAAGAAUUGUGCAAGAAAAGUAUUAAAUAUUAUUAAGGAUUCUCCUACUACUUCAAGUGAAUUAUGUCAAAUGGGGCUAAAGUUUUUAUCGUCAUUCAUUCGUCAUAAGGAUAUUAAAUUGAAGGAUACUGCAUUAAGUUACGUAUUGGGUAAGAUUUUACCUGAUUUAGUUGAGCCUACUAAGCAAGGUCUUGCCUUUGGAUUUUUAAAAUCUUUAGUUUCUAAACACGUUAGAUUACCUGAAAUCUAUGAUGUUAUUAAUACCGUUCGAGAAGUCAUGGUUACCAAUCAUUCUAAAGAAAUUCGUGAUGUUUCUAGAAGUGUUUAUUAUCAAUUUUUAAUGGAAUAUGAUCAAAGUAAAGGUCGUCUAGAGAAACAAUUCAAAUUCAUGGUUGAUAAUUUAGAGUAUCCAUCACAAGAAGGUAGACAAUCAGUCAUGGAGUUAAUUAAUUUAAUUAUUACUAAAUCUACACCUGAAUUAUUGGCCAAAUUAUCUUCAUCAUUUUUCAUAUCUUUAGCUAAUGUUUCCUUCAAUGAUGAUUCACCAAGAUGUCGCGAGAUGGCUACUGUUUUAUUAACACAUAUGUUUAAAGUCUUAGAACCAUCAAGUUUAUCAACUAUUGAGAAAUAUAUUAUUGCAUGGUUAAAGCAAUCUGAAGAUUAUACCUUUUUAAAUUUGGGAUUAAGAGUUUACAAGAUAUACUUAACAAGUGUUGGUUUAGGUAAGAAUAUUCAAUUAGAUGAAUUGGCUAUUAAUCGUAUCAGAUGGAUUCUAUCAGAAACUGGUGUUGGAUCUGAAGUUCCAUGGGAUUUAAUCUAUACCACGAUAAAUGAUUUUUCUACAAUUUGUGAGAAUUCAGAAAUUGUUUAUGACGGUUCAUACAAAUCAAUUUGGGAUAACAUUAUUGGUUGUUUAUUAUAUCCUCAUAUGUGGAUACGUCAAUCAUCAUCCAGAUUAGUUAGUAAUUAUUUGAUUGAUAAUUUAGAUAAAUUUUCCAAAAAGUUCACAGACUUUGAAAUUCAAACUAUUUGUUCUAGAGUAUUACAUCAACUGAAUGCACCAGCUAUAUCAGAGGGAUUAGCUCAAGAAUCAGUUAAACUGUUGUUGAAGAUUGUUAAACUUUGGGAUGCAAAUAAGACGCCAUAUGUUACUAAGGAAGCUACGAAACAAAUGGGUGCCGAAGAAGAAGAACCGAUGGUCAUGAAGACGAAUUAUAAGAAUGCUAUUGAUUAUGUAGUGACGAGAUUAAGUUCCAUUGUUAGAAGUGAAGAAAAUCCAACCGAUUCAUUCCUGUCUAAGAAAUCAUGUAUUCAAUUAAUGGCAUUAAUUAUUCAAGUAUUAAAUGAUGAAAAUGAAAUUAUUUCCUUGUCAGAAAAGAUUAUUUUGCCAUUGUAUGUUUAUUUGGAGGAAAACCAUAAUUAUAAUGCAAGUGAAGAACAAGAACAAUUAGGUAUAUUUGCACAAGAGUGUAUGCAAAUGUUGGAAUCUAAGGUUCCAGUAUCUGCUUUUACUAAGGCUUAUUCUAAUGUUAAACAAAUUGUUAUUAGAAGAAGACAAGAGAGGAAAGCUAAAAGAGCGACAUUGGCAAUUAAUGCACCAGAUUUAGCAGCUCAAAAGAAAUUAAGGAAGCAUAAUAGAUCAAGAGAGAAAAGAAAGCAUGAAAAAGAUGAUAGUGGUUAUUAUCAAAGAAAAAAUAAGAAAAGAAGGGCUUGA